AUGCGUGUAACUGAAAGCCGCAGGUGUCUACUCUUUACUGGCAGGUCACUUUUUAACCAGCCUGUUCGUAAAAUGCCGGAAGCUGUAUAUUGUGACGUGCUUAUUUUGGGUGCUGGCAUUUCCGGACUUGCUGCAGCUAAAUUGUUAACAAAUGAGGGACUCAAAACUAUUGUUCUGGAAGCAAGACCUCGAAAUGGUGGUCGAAUUCAUACAGUUGACCUUCCUGGUGUUGAUGAUGAAACAAAUAAAUUUGUUGUUGAUUUAGGGGCUAGUUACCUUCAUGGAUGCAACAAUUCUCAGGAUGUUCAGCCUUUAUUUACGCUUGCUAGCCGUUUGAAAAUCGCAACUGCUCCUGCUGCUGGAGAUAUUUUAGGUACACAUCGAGGUUGGGAAUGUCCAGAAGUGGCUGUAUGGCGAGAUAAUAAAUCAGGGAAUGAAAUUAGCUUAGCAGAGGUGGCUGAUAUGAGUUUUAUACUUGACCGCUGUUUGCUGUACAUUCUCAUGACAGCUAAUCAAAAGAAGCCUGGAAACCAACGGAAUAAAACUCUCGCCACUACAUUACCAGGCGCUCUGGAAUCAUGUCUUCAGUUACUGCACAAGGCUGGUCACCGCACUUCUCCAACUCUUUCUAGACGGGAAAAGGGGAUUUUCGACUCACUGUUUGCACGAUAUAUAGCCUACGUAAAUCCAGCACACAGAAUUUCUCCUCAUCUUUCGUUGGGACCUCAUUUUGAAGCUGAUGCGAUGGCAGGUCUAGCUCUCAAUGUUGAACAACCUACCUCCAUGUCAAAAAGGCUUUAUCUUGAUUGGUUGAACGAAAAGAGGACGCAUUUGAGUCUACACGGUCCAAAUAAAAGAAUUGCUCGUAGAACUGAUCACAAAUGGGAAGAUCGUUUAGUUUUAGACGGAUUCUCUAAGUUUAUUGAUUUCUUAGCAUCUGGUAUAAACGUUCACAACCGAUGUAUUGUGCGACAUGUCUUUUGGCCAAGUUUUUCGGAUCGUAAUAAAGUCAGCAAACUCACUGACAUUCAAUCAAUUUGUGAAGGUGCUGCUUCAUGGUCUAGCAAAACAUUAAUGGAUUUUGUGGAAUCAUCUAAUCUAAUUUGUGUUGAGGCUAUGGAAUACACAGAUGAGUUAUCUGGUGUAACAUCUAAUCAGCAAUCUCGGCGUUACUUUUCACGAUUUUGUAUCGUGACCGUCCCUGUAGGUGUAUUAAAAGGCCUUGAUCGUCGCAGUGCUAUUCGAUUUCAUCCAUGUUUGCCUCCAAGGAAACGACUUGCAAUCAAUCGUCUUGGUAUUCCGAAGCUGGGGGCAGAAACACAUAAUAAAGUUAUUUUAGUAUUCAACAAAUCAGAGGUGUUUUGGGAUCGUAAUACAGCGCAUAUAACAUGUCCUGGUGCAUACUUACACAUACUUAAUUGUGAUUUUUAUGGAAAUCCAGGUGUUCUUGUAGCUCAUGUAUGGGGAGGUUCAAAACUCAAGAUUACUGGUCAAACUGAUCAAGCUAUUAUCAAAAACUUGAUGGAUUUGUUAGGUGGUAUGUAUCCUUCUCAGUGUCCGUUGCCUGAACCUAUAUUCACUUAUGUCACUCGAUGGUCAGAAGAUCCGUUUAGUUUAGGAGCUUACACAGCUGGUGAGGUUGAAAGUGAUGAUACAGAUCGACAAGCGUAUGCAAGUAGCCUACCCUCUAAAGAUUGUCCGAAGUUGCUGUUCGCUGGGGAAGGCACUGUUGAUAGUUCUGGUGGUCAGCAGUGUACUCAUGGUGCAUUCUCAUCAGGAGUUGAUCGUGCCUUAGAUGUUCUUGACUGUAUCCAGGGUGGCCGGUGUCGUCUACGUGAUGUGCGUAUUAUCGAUUAUCUCACUGGUCAUCGGUGUGAUCGGUUUCCUCCACAUGAAAUGGUGCGAAGGGCCGGAAAGCGCAAGUUAAGCAAUCCAAUAGGCGUCUGUAAAACAUCUGCUAUAUCUCCUGAUUUUAAUUCAUCAUUUAAAGAAGAAUCACUGAAUAAAAGUGUGCAGUCCAGCCAUGAAUUACCGAGCACAGAAUCAUCAGAUAGUCAAUUUUCUGAAGGUGAUUCUAGUUCAUCAACACUGGAUUUCGAAUCUUCCGAUUCCGACACUUUAUUUCCUAAACCCACCAGACGUUCAACGCGUAUGACUACGUGGAUUUCAUCUCAGGCAUCUUCAUCCCUUCGAAGAGAGUUUUUAUUAAUGUUCCAGAAAAAGAAGCAUGUUAACCGAUGUGUCACUAAUGAUAGCACUAGGCUCAGCAGUGUUGAUUCAUCAAAUGAUCACAUUUCUUCUGAAGUCGUCAAUGAGAAACCUUUGUUUCCUUGUUACACAAGAGAUAAGCGUUUUAAUUUACCAGUUGCUUCUGUAGCUGGUGCUUUAUCCUUAGAUAUUAACUCCUCUUCGGUAACCCAGACCUGCAUUUCUAACAUGUGUACUUCAUCUCCUUGUAUGUUAACUAGUUUUCAUGGAAAUAGUACAGAUGAUGAUUUAAAAGGAAUAUCAUUUUCUAACUCUUUCCUGAAUAAAAGUAAGACAGAUACUAUACAUUCAGAUUCAUCAGUUAGCGAUCACAUCAAUGAAGGAACUAUUGAUCAUAUCAAACCAACAAAUUUUGAACCCGUUUUUGGUGCUCUUCCCUUUUCAAGGACUUGUGAUAAUACUUUAGGACUUCGAGCUAAAUCUUUCUCUUUUGAAGAAGCUUUAAAAAUGAAAUCACUUUCUUCGGCAGGGAUCAAUCGAGCAAGUAAUAGCCACCUAACUACACAUAUAUUUAGAUAG